AGAAAGUGUUCCAGUCGAGCUGUCUGAACUCCCUCCAGCCCUGCGGUUCCCUCGUUCUCUUUCUGUGUCGUCUUUGCUCUGUGUAAUGUAUAGCUCUGUUAUUCGCUCACAUGCCUUUCCCAUGUGGAAUAAACUCUUCAUUUAGUUUGCACUCCAGAAGGAGUUACUGAGGUUGCUAGCUGGAAAUACAAAAAAAGAAAAAAAGAAAAGAAAAAAACAGAAGAGGGCUCUUGUAUCUGUGUCUGCGUGUGUACCUGGACUCUUCUCAGCACCAGUUGCUAAGGUGGAAACUGUCAGGCCAUGGCUUCAAAUUUUAAUGACAUUGUAAAACAAGGAUAUGCAAGAAUUCGUAGCAGGCGCUUAGGCAUAUAUCACAGAUGCUGGCUGGUGUUCAAGAAGGCAUCCAGCAAAGGCCCUAAAAGGCUGGAAAAGUUUUCAGAUGAGCGAGCUGCCUACUUCAGAUGCUAUCACAAGGUGACAGAGCUGAAUAAUGUGAAAAAUGUUAUUCGGGUGCCUAAGGGCACCAAGAAGCAUGCAGUUGCUCUCAUUUUUAAUGAUGACACCUCAAAGACUUUUGCUUGUGACUCAGAAAUGGAAGCAAACGAGUGGUGCAAAGUAUUGCACAUGGAGUGCCUGGGAACUGAAAUACAUGAUGUCAGUCUAGGAGAGCCAGACUUGCUUGCAACUGGUGUAUACAGAGAACAGAGUGAGAGGUUCCAUGUUUAUUUAAUGCCAUCUCUGAAACUGGAUGUCUAUGGGGAGUGUAUUCUUCAGAUAACAUCUGAGACAAUCUGCCUUUGGGAUAUCCAGCACCCGAGGCUCAAACUCGUCUCCUGGCCCCUCUGUGCACUCAGACGAUAUGGACGUGACCCGACGUGGUUUACAUUUGAAGCGGGCAGGAUGUGUGAUACUGGUGAAGGGCUGUUCACCUUCCAGACGCGAGAGGGAGAAGCAAUUUACCAGAAGGUGCACACAGCCGCGUUGGCCAUCGCUGAACAGCACGAUUGGUUGAUAAAAAAUGCUGAGAAUGAAAUGAAGAUGAGUGAAGGAACAUCCCUGUUCAGUUCUCUUCCUCGCAGCACCUACUGGAAGCACAUAAACAAGCAGCACAGUCCCAAACAGCUCAACCGCAUGCAGGGCAAUUCUAGUCCAUUAAAGAUCGUCAAUGAGAAGACAAUCUCAAGUUGCAGAUGAAGACAUCACAACCCUCUGGAGACUGAAUGGAUUCUGAGAGACACUUUCUUUCGGAAUGGAAGAAAAAUGAGAAAGUCACCAAAAGGAAAGAUUUUUAGUUUCAUUUUUAGACUUGUUUACCUUCCUGGAUGAAUAAGGCAUUUUUGGAAUAAAAGAAUAGCUUUUCUUUAUUACCAUAUUUUUUUCUGUACAUAUGGUUUUACUAGUAAUGUACAGUAUGUGUAUAUGUCUUGAAUUUGUGUGUGUCUUGUUUGUUUCAUGCAUUUAAGGUUACAUAGUGUAUUAUAAUAUAGUAGAAUUGAGAAAACAAAAAGUAUGGUUAUGAACGAUAUGUUCAUUAGGGGCAUCAUAAAUCUACAUUUUGAGGAGGAUAGACUCCAUUUGUGUUUUAUUUUAUUUUAUUUUAUUUAUGUAUUUAUUUUUUUUCUAGUAUGACUUUGUAAAAUAAUGCCUACAAGUUUUAGAAGUCCCAAGGAGAAACUAAAAAAAGUUAAAAAUCACAGGUAUUCCCCUCGCAACAUAAAUGAUGUUACUAAUUUUAUUUUUAGUCCUUUUAAACUGUAUAUGAGUGGAUAUCAUUUUUUUUUUUUUUUUUUUUUACAUAUUUCAAUAUAUCUGGGUUACCAUUCCUCUCGUGGGACAGAGUACUCAUUAAAAUGUGUGUGUGUGUGUGUGUGUGUGUGUUUUUUUUAACAGGACACAAUGAUCUAUUCAGGUAUACAAAAAUAUUCUAAAAGCAAAUGUACCACAUCAGUCAUGUAUUUAAUUCAUCUGCCUCAAUAUGUGUGCCCUGCCACUGCUACAAGGGCAUCGGUUACAACCUACCCAAGGGGUGCCAACAUGAUGAGCCUGCAACUCCACAGGCUCUUCAAGCCCCUCUAUACAUCUGGACUGUUCAUGCGUGAGAUGUUGCAGUAUUCACUUCUGUUUUUUUUUCUUUUAUUGCAUCAGAAUUUUAAAUGUCAUAAUAGGGUCACCCAGCUGUUACAGCGUAAAAUAAUUAAAAUCAAAACCAUUUUCUUAUAUUGGCAACAUCCCAGUUGUCCACCCACUAACUUAUUGAGAGUUCUGAAAUGGGCAAGCAUGGUAAGUGAUGCAUUACAGCUUAACUGCCAAUGCACAUUUUUUUUUGUUGUUUUAGUUUUUUAAUGAGUAGUUUAUAUCCAUGACCUCAUCUCACCCGCAGGGGUCAUCGUAAUCUGUAGCAGAAGCAUCUUUGCAUUUUUGAAUAUAUGAUCAUUAAAUGUUUCCACCUCUAGAUGUAUCAUUAUUUUGAAGUGACAAAAAUAUGUAUAUUUACCCUAUUCUUUCAGAAAUGGGAAUUGUCACAGGGAAUUACAUAUUACACGGCAAUGAGUACAUUUCACGUACAUCGUGAACUCUGUGACAAUAAUACAACCUUACUUAUAGCCAGUUAGUUAUUAGUCAUUUCCAGCAGAAAGCAUGCAGUUGGCUCUUCUAGUCCAACUUGUUGUUGCAAUCUUGUUCAAAUGAUCCAAUUGAAACAAUUAAACUUGAUCAUUAUUUAAUUGUACCUAUUAAAUCUUGAGUGGUCUAAUAUGACCUUGUUGAAUUGGCACUUGUGAAAUGGUAUAAUAGCCAUGUAAAUACAAUUCAGACAAAGCAUAAGUUAAAAAAAGAGGAUACAUUUUACAUUCUGGACCAAAAUUACCCAGCCAGAUCCAGCUCAUGAUAAGGAGAGGAAGUAAAAUGGAGUUUCAGAAAGUUUACACAAUAAAACAACAGUAACCCGUCCUUUUAAAGUCACUAAAGAUGGUUGUGGAGAGAGUACAUGCAAACAUAACGAAACAGGAAUAAUGAUAUUGAAAUGGAAAGUGUCUUAUUGUAUGCCCAACAUAACGUGUAUUUCCUUUUGAACUUUGAUUCAGUAUGUAAAUUGAUAUUAAAAAGCUACUUUUA